AUGGACAGAAAACAUAUGAGUAAAAAGAAAUCAGUUUCAAAUGGUUCAACAUCAAGGAAACAAGAGAAAACAACAUAUAAAAUUAUUGUUCUUGGAAGCGGUGGUGUGGGUAAAUCAGCAAUAACAAUUCAGUUUGUUAAAUCCUAUUUUUAUGCGGAUUAUGAUCCAACUAUCGAAGAUAGUUAUGUUAAACAAUGUUUAGUUGAUAAUCAAAUAGCAAAUUUAGAAAUUCUCGAUAGUGCUGGUCAAGAAGAAUUUAAACCAAUGCGUGAUCAAUAUAUGCGUAUUGGCGAAGGUUUUUUACUUGUUUUUAGUUUAACAGAUCGUAGUUCAUUAGAUGAAACGUAUAAAUUUCAUCGCGAUAUAUUACGUAUAAAAGAUUGUGAUAAUGUUAGUAUGAUAUUGAUUGGAAACAAACAAGAUUGCUCAAGACAAAUAUCACUGGAACAAUGUCAACAAGCAGCACGUUACAUGCAAAUACCAUAUUAUGAAACAAGUGCAAAACAACGAUAUAAUAUUGAUGAAGUAUUUAUUGAAUUAAUUAGAAUUAUUCGAAAUAUAAAUGAAAAAGAACGUGCAUUAAAACAACAAAAUCAUUUAAAUAAAAAUGAUAAUAAAAAUAAAUUUUGUACAAAUUGUCUUAUUUUAUAG